AUGAACGGCAACAUACACAAUCCAGUCACUUCUGAAAAGCCUCGCAGGGCAAAACGAUCCCUUCCUUCCUCGCAAAGUCCACGAAAACGAUCUCCUACACAUCAAGCCUUGGACCAAAAGAGGCAGUCUCUUACAACCACCAACUUUUCUUCGCCAGAGCUUUCCGAUUCUACCCUUACGCAUUGGCCUUGUUCAUCCUGCCCUUGCCCACAAGGAGCCUUUCAUUAUCCAGUCGAUAAUUGCAUCCGCUGUGGGCAUACGAUGGACGAUCAUGAGGACUUUGACCACCUAUGGGACCCUGAAUGCGAUUUUGUAUGCCAGAGACCCGACCUCGUUUAUUCCAUUGUGCAGCUUGUACGAAGCACAAGAGUAGUCGUCAUCCGCGCUACACCCCAAGUCGGCAAAACAACUCUACUUCGACUGCUGGGCCGUCACAUUCUUUAUGAGGAAGAGGACCUGGAGCCAGUAUUCAUUCUCUGGAGACGUAGAGAAAUGCGUAGAGAAAUGGGCGACAGUCUUCCAUAUAAGCAAUAUCUGGAACAGGAAAAAUCAAGAUGGCAAGAAGAUAAUGCGAAGUACCGGCCUUACAAUCCCAAAGCUACAACCGUCAACCUCAUUGAUGAAGCGCAAGAUUCAUAUGAAGAAGAAAACUUUUGGGCCCAGACACUCAAGAACCCCAAUACUAGACAGCAGUCCAUGUUUGUGCUCGUCUGCCUUUAUGGGGCUACUGGCGUUUCUCGCAUGCGCGAGCCAAAUAAUGAAUCCCAGGCCCUCCGUAUGGAUCGCCUUCAACGCGUGGAGCUACGUCCGUCCGCACUUGGUCGUCCAUACAUGCUCUUCAAGCCACAGGAAACAGCCGUUACCGUUCAGAAAUGGGCUAUGGUGAAUAAGUUCCAGCUUGAGGAUGAAGUUGCAAUAGCCCUGCGUGAAGUUAUCUGUCUGAAUGCUAUUGAAAGGUUUAGUCCAUCCGUUCUCCGGUCGCGCAAUUGCCAAAGUAUCCCAGAAGCAGCCUUUCAAGACGAACUAUAUUGCUGUCUCAACUACGAGCUGCAAAGUUUACCGAUUCUCUCUGAAUACUCGCAUACCAAAGAUGGCAGGGUUGACUUCUAUAUCUUUGACAAGAAAUGGGGCAUUGAAGUACUCCAAUCCAGAAGAAAAGAAGUCAUCACCGAACAUGCACGCCGAUUCCAGACUGGAGGGAAAUAUCAGCAAUGGAACAUCUUUGACGAUUAUGUCAUUCUCAAUUUCUGCUCCAAACCCGCACUUCGAGAGAUUGAAAUCGACGACCUAGAGGAGUGUACUGCAGAGGUAUACACGCAUGACAUGCAGCUCCAAAAAACGUCAGGCCUAGGCGAAGGAAGACAAAGGUACUACGUCGACGAUUUCGAUCGAUCUGAAAACUCGACCUUGCAGGAUCAGCUGACGCCGGUGGGGCGAGAGAAGGAAGACAUGAUGCGAGAGAAGGAAGAUAUGAUGCGGAGAAUAGCUGAAUUGGAACAGCAGGCAAAACAAAACUGAUAUGGGAUGAAGAUGGAUAGUUGGAGCUACAUUCGUGAGAGCUAGGUCAACAGGAGCGGAAUAAUAGUCGAGCACGGGUUUCGUGAAAGUCGCGCGACCUAUUUGGAUUAGCUCCGCAUGCACUUUAGCAAGCUUUUCGGUGACGAC